AUAUUCGGAUCAAAAAUGAAAGUAAAAAUACUUCACCUCUUUGCUAUUUUCACUUUGACAAGUUUUAUCAAAGCACAAGAUACAACUUCAACAUUCCUGAUGGAUAGACUGUACGUACAAAAGCAGAUUAAUUGUGUCUUAAGUUUGAGACAAUGCGACUCGACAGGAAGAAGAAUUAUAGGUAAAAUUAUUCUUACAGCUUUGUUGCCAGAAGCGUUGAACAAUCAUUGUGAACGUUGUACACUUCGACAAGCUGCACUUGCACACAAAUUGACAGUAUUUAUGCAACAAAAUUGUUCCAAUGAAUGGGAAUCGAUUAUACGCCGUUAUGAAACGCUGAAAUAUUUUAUGUAGGAUGAAAGGAUAUCAUGGAAAACAAUAUUUGACGUUGCAACAAAUACUUGAGAGAUUCUAUAACUUUGAACGUAAUUAACUUUAUUAUUAAAAAGUUUUAAUAUAACUCAUAAUAUUUCAUAAUAUCAAGCAUUUGUGUUUGUGAGAAUUGUCAUAUAUAAGAAGAAAAGAACAAAGUAGAAUGUAUUUACCAUAAAUUUCUAUAUUAUGUACUUACCUACCGCGAUGUUAGAAAUUUCGUAUUUUCGAUACCAGUACUUAUCGAUGAAUUACGAUGGAUCGUAUACUAUAUAUUAUUUCAUACCCUCCCUGAUUUGUCUUUAAAUUUUCGUACCAACUGGCUAUAAUUAAUCGUAAUUUAUUAAUAAAUAUAGAAAAUUUAGAAAUAUGAGAUAUUUCGUGGUCGUGGACAGAUAUAUAAGAUAUAUCUCACUGAAUGGUGCAAAUAACGUUUCUCGUCUCUUUCCUAGAUUUCUAACGAUCUUUCAAAAGUCAAUAUAUCUUUGCAAAAAUUUAUAAGAAAUCAUAUUAUCGUUACAAGUACAUGUUCUUACAGAACAAUUCAGAGGGCCGAUAUAUUAAGUAAACUUUAAAAUCUAUAACGCAUCAUAUUACGCAUAUAUUGCUUCCUGCAAACGAUCAAUAGACUUUUAUAGCUUUUAUACAUGCCGAUGAUUAUCUUGUUAUACAUAUAUGCCUAUCUUAGAUGUAUCUAGAUAACGAUAGUAAAAUAAUUGUUCGCGUAUUUGAUUAAAAUGAAAUGUGUAUUUGCGCCAAACAAAGUCUAAGGGACAAGAUAGAAAGUUUAUACAUAUUAUAAUCGACGUAUAGUCGGUUCACAAUACAAUCGAAUGAUAAAGUGGGUUGAAGUUGUGAUACGGUGUGCAUUUUAAUUAAUCUGAUGAUUGUAAUGUCGAAAUGAAUAUAUGUCUGUACAUGAUAUGAACAGAAUAUUUUGUAAGUCAUGGAACAACAGGUAAUAGGAGAUUCUACGAAUAGGAGAAGUAAACGUCAGGUAAGGAAUACAUAAUAAUACAUGAUAUAUUCAAUGUAUAUUUAAAAGAAUAAAUUACUUUCUAAACUUACAUAAUCGGUGUCUUGAAAUAAUAUUUAUUCUCAAUCAAAAAGAUCUAUUUCCCAAAAUACGUUGUAACUUUGUAACAGAUAAAACAUAAAAUUACACCAAUUAAUUAAAUCGAACGAUUUUACUUAAUUAGUAAGCAAUAGUUAGUAUCUAUUAUUUGAUUAUGAUUAUCUAUUCAAUUUUCUAAAGAUCCUUUAAUUGAUAUUAUUUAAAAUUUAUUCACUUUUUGAUUUAUUUAUUUAUUUAUUUAUUGUACAUAUAUCGACAUGGGUAAAUUAUAAGAUUUCCAAACGUAAACCUUGUUAUAGCAUUAACAUCGUAUUUUUAUUGAUGAUCGUCCUUGGCAAGGUACGCAACGUAAAUACCCGAUGGUCAUCCUCUAAACACGGCAAAGAAUAAUCUCUUCAUUAUUCUUGAUAGCACGUUGUUCUCGCUGUGUUAACUAUUUCUAUCACACUGCUCAACAUGUAUUUUCAAACGUCAAACAUUCUUCAUUCCUCGUAUAUCGAGAGCAUUUUAUACAAUUUUAGACAAACUAAUUAGUAAAAAAUUUUCUUUUAGAAGAAAUUGAUUGCAUAUUAAUAUCAACAAAUUUAUAUAACAGACGGUUUUAACGUGAUCAGGUUCAAUUAUCAUCUAUAUUCACGACAUUUCAUUCAUUUAAAUUUGUCUUCGUUCAUUUAUCUAAUUUCUCGGUAGAUUUAACACCGAUAUAUGAAAUUAAUUAGCUAAUUUGAAAAAUUUAAACGGGUGAAAAGUAUAUGACUGUUCGAAGAACAAUUAACUAUAUAUAAAGAAUAAAAUAUAUUUAUUUCAUUCAUCGGUA